AUGGCCUUCAGAAAAUUCCUUCCCUUGUUUGACCGGGUGUUGGUGGAGCGUUUAACAGCAGAGACUGUCACCAAGGGGGGCAUUAUGCUACCAGAGAAGGCACAGGGCAAAGUGCUUCAGGCCACAGUUGUAGCAGUCGGUCCUGGAUCAGUAAAUCAGAAAGGAAAUAUUCAGCCGCUUAGUGUAAAAGUUGGAGAGAAGGUCCUUCUGCCGGAAUAUGGUGGAACUAAAGUUAUGCUAGAUGACAAGGACUACUUCUUGUUCCGGGAUGCAGACAUACUUGGCAAAUAUGUUGAUUAA